AUGUGCUCGGCAAGUUUUCAAGUAGGCGAUUGGGUACAGUGGAAGGAAAGCGGCAUAAUAGAGUACUGGAGUGCAUUUUACUGGUUCGAAGAGUAUGGAAGGGAGCCGUGUCCGAAUCCUGUCACCUGUGGAGAUUGCAAGGCUUGCGGCUCUCAAGAGUGUAGCUGUGCGAACUGUGAAGCUCGUAAACAUGGGACACUUUUAUUUACUCCUUACAGCUGGAGUGCCUUGGAGCGUGGAAUGAAAGCCAUAAAAGGAGAUGUGAGGGAGAUAUUAGAUUACCUAAGAGACGGUGAGAAUGUUACUCUCCCCAAGGACGAUGAGGCUCGAGAGGCUCUACGUAAAGAAGCUGAGUUCUACAAUCUCCCUGGUCUGUCCAAGAUGUGCGCACCUUACACAUCCGUAAGCAAAGGCGACAAAGACUUUGAAGUGAAAACAUUCCAUCAAGGCGAUAUUGUGCAAUGGAAGGAAAGCGCUAUCGAAAUGUACUGGAAGUAUUUUGUCAGGUAA